GCAAGAGGUUCAGUGAACAUUACAAGCUCAUCAGGUGAUAUUGGUGAUGAUGAACGAGAUGAUAUUGCCUUAUUCUUACAUCAUAAUGGAUCAUUUGACAAUGAUAUCAUUACUAAACCGUCCGACACUAUUCUUCAACAACAAAAACAUACAGCAUCACAAACGGAACAAAAUCACAAUAAUCGCCGAUUAAAAACGCGUUUGAAAAAUAAAGAUGAAAUAAUAACAACAGCAAUCUCACCAACAAUACCAGUAAACAAUGCCAGUAGCCUAGUAAAAAAUAAUAAAGAUAUUGCUAAAGCAGCAAAACGCAAAGCACAUUCACAUCAGAAAAAAGAACGAAAAGCAACAAAAACAUUAAUCAUUGUCCUAAGUAAGCGUUUUAAAUAUAGUUUUUUUGAAUUGAUCAUCCUUAUUGCUAUUUGA